CAACAACAGCAAUAAUAAUAAAGUACUAACAACCUGUCGUUGUAGCUGGCAAAGCGCUAACAAUAAAUAAAACGAAACAAUAGCAGCUAUAAAAACAACAACAACAACCACAGUUGGCAGUACAACAAUGAGCAGAGAAGGCAGCCGCAGCACUCGUGGGACUUUUUAGGCGACUGCACAAUAGCAGUCCACAAGCACACACUGAGGAGACGCAGCGCAGCCAACGCAGCCAAAAGUUAACAAGCAGCGACAGCUAGAGCAGCCACAGCAGCCACAACAACAAUAUGCAUGAGCGACGCGUUAAGAAAUUGAAGGGCGGACAUUAUGUGGCCACGCACGGACGCCUAACGCCUGAUCCGCCAUAUGUGAACCGUGGCUAUUCGACUGAUGGCGAGGAAACGCAUUCGCAUCGCGCCCACUCCGAGUAUACGGUGGCUCAUGAGCGCAUCUCGCCGCAAUCCCAGUCCCAGUACAAUACGUCGCGCAAAGCACGCUCGGCGCUGGGUAAUGGCCAUCAACACCUGCAGCAUAGUUAUAGCCACAGUCAAAUGGGCCUCUCCAGUUCGCCGGACAAUGGCGGUCCGCGUUCGCUAAGCGGCCCGCCGCCCACGCGCCAACCGCCACGGGCGCCUUCCGCCCUGAGCUAUGAUCAGGCGGGCGAUGCGGGCAGCGACAUCUAUGUCACCAGUGCUGCCUACAAGGCGCCAUCUGAAAUCAGUCGCUAUAGCCAGCGUCCAAUUUCGCGGGGAGCGCCACGUAGUGUCUACUCGGUGGCAAGCACAGCCAAAACGGGGCGCAGUGGGCGCUCCACAACGAGGCGUGGUGCCAAGAUCGAAACCAUGUCAGCGCCAAAUCCAUUCUGUCCAAAUGUUAAGGGCGUCUGCUGUCUGACGCUGCUGCUUAAUCUGGGUCUUAUACUUGUCACGCUUGGAUUUGUGAUUGUGGUGCAGUUCUAUGAGCCCGUCUAUGUCUGGGUACUGGGCAUUAUAUUUUUGAUCUUUGGCUUCCUUACGCUCAUCGGCUGCAUGAUCUACUGUGUGUAUGUGUGCCGAGAUGCCAAGACGCCGUCGCAGGUGCGCAAUGAGGACCUCUAUUGGACACGCCAUUGGCAGAAGAACAUUGGCUAUACGCCGCAGGAGAUUAACUACAAGGCGGAUAAAUAUGAUGCCUACUCGGAUCGCUACUCGGUCAGCAAGCUGAGUGGCAAGUACUCGGAUCGCGAGAGUCAGCGCUACUGAAGCAAUUACAAUUGAUUAAUUACCUAACUUACUUACAUAUGUAUGAGCAAACGUCUAUAUUCGAUAAUACGAUCUAUCUAUCUAUCUAUCUAUUAUAUUACUAAGUAGAUGCUAGUUUUUAGCGGUUAUUAACAAGACCUCAACGUACCUGCUGCAAGUUGCUUGCUAGUUUGUAUGUUUUUGUUUUUAUUCAUAACAAAUGAUGUAAAGAUAUGCAAGAGAUACAAAAUAAUAGAAAGUAUUGAAAUGCUGCCAUAUUCCAGAGACAGUUCUUGGCUUGAACUCUAACAGAAAUCGUUUAACAUGUGCAAAGCAAUAAUAAAAACUAAAUUACUUA